CCUGGUGGCACACGCCGGCGAAUCGCCGACACGAGCGGGUGCUCUCGCUCUCGUUCGCGCGCUCACACGCUCUCUCACGCGCGAUUCAUGGAUUUAGCAUCUAUUCGCGUCGCUCUGACGGAUGCUGGAAGGAAACCGCGGACCAACGUGUGCCAUCCAGUGCGGCGGUGUUAGAGUAGCGUUAGAAUGUUACCGCGGUUUUCGAUUCUACCUGUGAUCGGUGUGAUGGCCGAGUAUUGGACAACAGUUGUUCUUGAGGGAAGUGUGCCAACCUAAUGUGAUGUUUGAACGGUGUUAGGAUAUCUUUGUCACUUUCAUAUAGGACAGAUUGUUGCUCGCGCGAGCAAGGAGAUUUUUCAACGACGCAGCAAAUUCAUCCAGGCCUGACAAUAUUAGAUUUCCUUAAUCAUGUCUCAAGGGUCUUCGCACACGGAGUGGUUGAGCAGGAAAUCAAGCACGAUUGUAAAAUAAGUAGUGUCACGCUUUCAAAAAUCUCACAAAAUCGAGGAAGAGGACAUCAUAUUUUUGAUAUUCAAAUUUUCAUCAUUUUGUAAAAGAGAAAGGUAAGAAAUUCGUCAAUGCUGAGUCAAAGAUAGCUUUGUGAAGAAACAUUUUGCGUCGAGUUGCGUUCUCGAGUGACUGAACCGAAGUGAAGAGUGCGACGAACUGAUCAAAACGCACCUUUCAUCGAAGCACCGAUCGAGAGAAAUUGUACUCGCGAGUACACCUCCAUAGCUAAUGUCCAACAAUGCUGAGCCUGAAAUACUCUAAUCCGACGUGAUGACAUCGAUAAUUCUUACUGAUCUGGAUUACUCGGCCGACAUAUCCAAUGUGUACUUGUCGGAAUUACUCAAUCAACCAGCGCCAUUAAACGAGACCUAUUGGCCAACGUCUAAUUUCUAUUAGCGAGAAUCGAUUGGGCGGCGAAAUAGCUGGUUUACCUACUAAUUGAGCGCGACUGUGGGUGCGCAAUUAUUAAUCAUCGAUCGACUGGCAUCGAUCGAGAGCGGCGGGGCUCUCCGUCGCGAAUCGGGGACGCGUUUCGUCAUCUGCGAAACGCGACUGAAUGCGAAAGCGUUUACCCGUAGUACUAUUCUAAUCCUCGCGUCCUUGAGGCCGUCACGGGGAGCCGAAGUUUGUUGGCAUAUCGUGGCUCUUGUCUCGGUGCCCGGCUGCCUGGAACUUGGCCGUGGCCGAUUGAACGCGACGGGGGUACUCGCUGCUGCCGCUUCUACCAACAAACGCGCCGUCGUGAACGAGAGAUGCCGCGGCCGAAAAUAAAGGGGCGACGAAGGGAUCGGAUCGAGGAACGUAAUCCACGACGCAGUCGGUGGACGCACGACGCGCCGAGCGCUGAUUUCCGCUGAUCCUCGAGAACGUCUCCGAGGGAUCGACGGUACUAAGGGCGAUCUAUCGUCGAAGGGGCCAAACCGACUCACUCUCUAGGAAGGAUAAGCAAACGGUCAUCGACCUUCGACCACGGGCUUAUAACUCGAGUGGUCGUGGGAGAACUUAAAGAAGUGAAAGCGAGGCUCGUGCGAACACCACAGAUCACUGUGAUGAUCAACCAUGGCCAAGCCAGAAACGACGACUCUGACGAGUCUCCUGGUGUUGCUGCUCAUGACUAUUGCAGCCUGUUCCUCGCCCAGGAUCAUCGCUACCACCCAGACACCCUUCGGCAGAAUCCUGAAGCCCGUGAAGCUUCACGGAGGGUACAUGGAAGUGGUUCAGGAGCAGAGAUGCUCUCAUGGUCUUUUUCGACUGACGUGCAGGUCGCUCAAAGCAUUCAUCUUCAUCCUGAAAGCGGAAUAUCAUGCGAAUCGUACGGAACUCUGUGCGAAAGACUCGAAACAGUACGAGAAUAUCAGGAUGUUGAAGAAAGAUAGCAUGCAACGGUGGUUAAACAUGAGGCAUCUCAAAGGGAACUACGUUCUUGACGAGGAGAACGGAGGAAUGGAUAUCGUCGAUAUCAGAUUGUCAUUGAAUAGGAGGUGCUCGGGUCAAAAACACUGUCGUUACAACAUAACUAUCGAUCAUCCGGGCGCACAUUCCUGGAUCCCAGGUGGAAUCCUGUUAAAAUACGCCUGUAUACCCGAAGCCGCGGUUAGGCGAUACUGCAACCAGGAGGUGAAGGUGAUCGCCGGGGAGGGAGGUUACAUCAACACUCCGGGCUACCCGUUAUACUACCUCGGAAAUAUCACGUGUGGGUGGACCUUCACGACGCUUCCGGGACAGAGAAUAGUUCUGACCUUUCACGACUUAAAUAUCCUCGGUCCGCGGGCGGACGGAAGCUGUGUGGACGUCGUGAGAGCGCGGGACGAAGGCAGCACUCUCUUGGAGUUCUGCGGCACCGCGGCCGGAGUUCGGGUCAUCUCGAACACGAAUCUGUUGACGCUCGACUUCGUCGCUUCCAAGAGACUUCACAACGCCCGGGGCUUCCUGCUGCACUAUCAAGUGCUAGGCUGUCCGGAGAUCUCGGCGCCGAACGGAAGUUACGUGUCGAACGGUACAUUGACUUCGCGGACAUUCCUAUGCAAGUCGGGCAGCGUGUUUCCCGACAGCAAGGACAGAAAAAGGACGCUCGAGUGCAGGAAUGGCAAGUGGAACGAGACCGCUAGCAGCCUACCUGAUUGCGUAGCCACGUCAGCGGUGAUCUUAAAAACGGAGGACGAACACCAUCAUCUGGCGAGUCUAUCUGGGGACAAUAUCCUUGGAACGGGGGUGAGGAUAGGACGUGGCGAGGACGCAGUCGCGAGUGGUAGCGACGUUAUGGAUUCGGCGCAAUCGGCCAUGAUGAAGCAAGCGGACUACGUCGUAGACGUUGUGCUACCAACGGUCCUAAUUGCUUUGCUGUUCGUCGGCAAUGCGAUCAUCGUUUAUAUCAUCUUCCAGUACAGAAAGAGAAAACUCCCGGCUGUGACGCAGGCAGAAGAGAUGGCUCUCCGGGGCCCAGCCGACGUGCCACAAGUGUGAUUUCAGGAGCCCGGACUAAUCGCACACGUGGACACUGGUUAACUACGAGAAACGCUCGAUGUCCACGUGAUAGUCGGAGGUCGUCGCGGAUGUGUCGAACCCGGAAGGCGAAUCUCUGAAAAUCUCGCGACGACUCCGCGCAAUUAGUCGAGGCCGCAACGAAGGAAGAAACUCGGAGAGACUCGACGUGUUCUUAGCCGCGCAUUUAGCGCGAAACGUGGCUGCCGAUUUCGUGAUCACUUUCGCGCAUUCGCGUACUGUCAAUUCGGUUAGGACUAAAAUUCCGACUAGAGCAACGAAAGACACGACGAGUGAUGCGAGAAUAAGGCCCGCGCUUCGCGCUUUUCUCGCGCGCUUCGCACUCCAAAUAUAUCCGGCUGAUUGUCGUUUUACAUUCGAUAUACUUUUAAGCUAUGUUCUCGCAGUUUUCUCGGACAAACGUUGUUCAGCGAGACAGACGGCCGCUUUUGGGGGCGAAAUGCGUUGCCAAAACAGGACGCACACAUACGUGCGUCCAAGGCCCAAUGGGCACGAACGGACUUAUGCUCGGUUCGAUACUGUGUAACUCGCGAGCCUAUUACAUCAUGACGUUACACGACACACACACAUACAUAUACACACUUUUACGUUACUGUAUUAUAUUAUAAGCAGAUAAUAUAUUCUAUACUUCGUCCAAAUUUACGAUUAAGUUGAAAAUAAAUGAACGUUUUCUUAGUA